AUGCCACCUUCCAAGACUGAAGUUAUCCUCACGGGGAUCGACAAUUGGGACGACUGGCAGAAGUUUGUUGCAAGCUUAAUUGAUAUAGACAUCUGGGAAGCGAUUAAACCUGCAAAUCGAACUCAAGUGCUUCUCCGAAAGCCAAGAAGACCGCAAGUAUCUGACUUUAACGCAAACGCUCAGACUGAAGUCAAUCUUUCGGCAUCUCAAGUCAAUGCUUUCAGACUAGCCCGUGACAAUUGGAAAGACAGCUCCAAGGAGUAUGAGCAACAGAAAACCAAUCUUAUCAAGGCCAAAAGUGUUGUCAUCAGCCAUGUGGAUGAGAGAUUAGGUCGGAGUAUUAUCAUCAGCCAUGUGGAUGAGAGAUUAGGUCGUUAUCUUGAUCAAGACGAUGAUCUCCCCCGAUGGAUUGAUAGUCUAGCAGUAGCGGUCAAUGCUGAGCAGACUAAAGCAACAGAUGCACUUGUGAUUGAGUACCAGCAGAUCAUCAAGUCAUUCAGCUGCACCGAUUCAACAACUUUCAGCGAAUGGAUCUGGAAGUGGGAAAACUUUCUACUAAAAGCUGCACGUCGUCGAAUGCUUGAGGUCACCGGCGGUCGUUGGUUAUUCGACAUAGCCCGCUUAAUGGCCAAACAUAACCGCAACUUCACCGACAACUGCAGACAAGCUGCAGAGUCAUUUGUUGUAAAAACAAGAGAUUACAACCAAGCCGUUGAGCAAGGGGUACAGCAGCUAUUACAACUAAAUGACCUUAGUGAUCACGGCAGGUUACGAGAAGCAGCAUUGGCGAUUCAAGGAGCUCUAAUCCAUACGCCUCCAAACGCCACGGACGCAAGCAAGGAAUGGUCAAUUGGAAGCGUAGCAGUCAAGUUACGAACCUGGGCUAGCUCUGCUCUCCCAACACAACCAUCGAAGCCGUCAAUUAGGCGAGGAACAGCAUUCCAGGCCGACACAAAACAGAGUGAUCAGACUGAAAGUUUAACUAAAAACCCGUCUAGUCGGAAGAGGCAACGGACAGACAAUCAAGAGAGCAGUAACAAGAAACAUGCCAUGAACUGUGAAGCUUGCAGACUACCGGGGCAUGAUCUAAGCUCGUGCUGGGUAGCUAUCCCAGAACUACGGCCAGAGGGAGUAACGGCAAAUAAACGUCGAGAAAACCUCUUGAAGAAAACCUUGGCUGUUGACCCGGAACUAAGAGCCAAGGUGGCAGAACUUCGAAAGGCAGCCCAGAAAGACCAGGUCGAACUAGAUCAAGAGAAAAAGCAAGUGUCAUUUAAUUGA